AUGAGAACCCAAUGGCUGCUCCCCGUCCUGGGGCUCUGCGCAUCGUCGUUCGCGGCGCGCAAUGGCCAGGCCGACCAGCUGCGUCAGUGGCUGCACGGCAGGAGCCCGGCCGAUGUCGAGUACCAGGCCUUUGAGGAGCCGACCGUCCACGCGAGGGCCAGCACGGAGCACCGCUUCCUCAACGACAAGACGGAGAAGUUUGCCGUCAACGGCACCAGCAUCCCCGACGUCGACUAUGACGUCGGCGAGUCGUAUGCCGGCCUGUUGCCCAUUUCUGACAAGAAGGACGAGCGCGACCACCUGUACUUUUGGUUCUUCCCCACCGUCAACGAAGAGGCCAAGAAAAAGAAGGAGAUUGUCAUCUGGCUCAAUGGCGGCCCCGGCUGCUCGUCCCUGCUGGGCUUCCUGCAGGAAAACGGCCCCUUCCAGUGGCAGCCCGGCAUGAUCAAGCCGCAAAAGAACCCCUGGAGCUGGCACGAGCUGAGCAACAUUGUCUGGAUCGAGCAGCCCGUCACCGUCGGCUACUCCAAGGGCAAUGCCACGGCCAAGAAUGAGGACGACGUGGCGAGCCAGUUCCUGGGCUUCUGGAAGAACUUUAUCGAGACCUUCGGCAUGCGCGGCUGGAAGGUCUACGUCGUGGCCGAGUCGUACGGCGGCUACUACGGCCCGUACAUUUCGAGCCACAUGGUCAAUGCCAAUGACACGCAGCACUACAACCUCGGCGGGCUAAUGAUCUACGACGGCAUCAUGUUUGAUGGCCAGGUGCAGGGCAAUGUCAUCGUCGAGGCGUUUGUCGAGCAAAACUACAACCUCAUGCCCUUUGACGACAAGCACCUGGCGCACAUCCACAACGUCUCGCAGAAGUGCGGCUUCAGGGACUACCACAAAAAGUACCUGACGUACCCGCCCGUCGGGCCGGCGCCUCGAUACCCGCCGGGCGUGAAGCCUUUCCCGAACGGCACAUACGAGUACAUCGAUGGGUGCGGCGACCUGUUUGACUACGUCUACACCGAGAUGAAGACGACGAACCCGUGCUUCAACAUUUACAACAUUGCGGACCACUGCCCGAACGGAUACGACCCUCUGGGCGAUAAGACGCCUUACUUUGACCGCAAGGAUGUCAAGAAGGCCAUCAACGCGCCGCUCGACGUGACGUGGUCGCAGUGCGUGGACGGCGUAUUCAACACGACCGACGGCGACGAGUCGGCGCCGCCGGACAAGUACGAGCUGCCCAACGUCAUUGACCACACGCACAACGUGAUCCUGGCACAGGGCAACCUGGAUCUCAUCCUGCCGCUCAACGGCGUGCUGCUGGGCAUCCAGAACAUGACGUGGGGCGGCAAGCUGGGCUUCCAGACGCGGCCGCAGGACCCCUUUUACGUGCCGCUGUACCGCGAGGGCCGCAACCGCGACUACUACGGCAAGGCGCUGCCGGCGGGCGCGGGCGUGCUGGGGACGACGCACCACGAGCGCGGUCUGACGCUGGUCGCGUCGCAGCUGGCGGGCCACGAGGGCCCCGAGUACGUGCCGGCGGCGGCGUUCCGACACCUGGAGAAGCUGCUCGGGCGGGUGCACAGCCUGAGCGACACGCAGCCGUUUACGCUGCCGCAGCUGCGCAACAUUACGCAAGUGGAGAAGCCGCUGGGCAAGGGGACGGUGCCGAUUCCGUGCUUCGGGAAGGGGUGCUGA